AUGUCCGUGUCCAAGCAGGGGUCGAGGAUCGAGGAAGACAGUUACAGGUUCCUAAAUGUGGAGGAAGGAUUUGAACCUCAGCAGAAUUAUAUUCUCAGUCUAGAAGUCUUUCGGCCUGCUAAGCCGCAACCCCCAGUUAGGCCACCUCCAUCUGCACCAAGGCUAGCGCCAAGGAUAGCACCAGCACCAAGGCUAGCACCAGCGCCAAGGCUAGCACCAGUAGCAGCACCAUGUCUAGCACCACGGCAGGUUCCUGUAUCUGCAUCACAGCAGGUUCCUGUACCUGCACCACGGCAGGUUCCGGUAGCUGCUCCACGUCGCCAAGUGCAGCCAGUAGCUGCUCCACGUCGCCAAGUGCAGCCAGUAGCUGCUCCACAUCGCCAAGUGCCGCCAGUAGCUGCUCCACGUCGCCAAUUGCCGCCAGUAGCUGCUCCACGUCACCAAGUGCCGCCAGUAGCUGCUCCACGUCGCCAAGUGCCGCCAGUAGCUGCUCCACGCCACCAAGCGCCGCCAGUAGCUGCUCCACGCCGCCAAGCACCGGCCGUAGCAGCUCCACGCCGCCAAGCCAAGCACCUCCAAGCCAAGACCCUCCAUGCCAAGACCCGCCAUGCCAAGACCCGCCAUGCCAAGACCCGCCACGCCAAGACCCGCAACGCCAAGACCCGCCACGCCAAGACCCGCCACGCCAAGCUUCGCCGCCUGACGCACCACGCCAAGCUUCGCCGCCUGCCACGACGAGGACGCACGCAAAUUCCACGCCUGCCACGAUGACAACGUGCCCGCCUCCUUGUCGGCCGCGGAAGUGGCCGCUACCUGGUCGUCCGCCACGCCAAGUGCGCCGACCUCCUCGUCGGCCACGGAUGUGGCCCUUCCCGGGUCGCCCACCUCCUCAGGUGCAGCGGCGCUCUACGCGUUGCCACCACCUGACUAUGUCUUGGUGGAUUCGGGGACACUUGGUCUGUCGACCCAACGCCGUGUCCCCCUCCCGCCCUCCCAUGACUCUUGAUCUUGUUUUUGUUGGGGUUUUUUGGACAU